AUGACAGAAAAUCUCAUUGUUCUCCUCGUUGGAAAGGGUGCGCGGGAGCAUGCCCUUGCUUGGAAGUUGAGCCAGGCGCCUUCAGUCAAAAAGGUGCUCGUCUUUCCUGGUAAUGCGGGAACAGAAGGCCACGCCAAAGUCUCGAACCUCGAAACCAAUUUCGAAGCAACAGACUACCGUCAACUCGCUGAGCUUGCGACAGAAAUAGGAGUUGGCCUCGUUGUUGUUGGGCCUGAUGACGCUGUCGUUGAUGGCAUUGAGGGCUUCUUCAAAGACGUGGGCAUCCCAUGUUUUGCUCCAACAAAAGAAGCGGCUGAGCUUGAGGGGUCCAAGAUAUUUGCCAAAGAUUUCAUGGCCAAGUACAACAUUCCUACGGCCACAUAUCAGAACUUUGAUGACAUCGAGAGCGCAAAGGCCUACGUCCAGGGGGUAGAACAUCGAGUUGUCAUCAAAGCCGACGGUCUCGCCGCUGGAAAAGGGGUCGUGCUUCCUGAAACAAAGCAGGAGGCAUUGUCUGAGCUCGACAGCAUCAUGAAGGCUGAUGGAAAGUUUUCGGCUGCGGGCUCUUCGGUAGUGAUUGAGGAGUUCAUGGAGGGAGACGAGGUCAGCAUUUUGACGUUUAGUGAUGGCAAGACUUUCCGGUCUCUACCCCCGGGACAAGACCAUAAGCGCGUCUUUGAGGGAAACAAGGGGCCAAACACUGGAGGCAUGGGUGUCUACUCGCCAGUCCCUUUUGCGACUCAAGAGGUCCUAGAUGAGAUUGACAAGUCCAUCCUACAACCCACUUUCGACGGACUUGAAAAGGAGGGGCGCCCCUUCGUUGGGCUUUUGUUUACAGGUGUCAUGAUCACGCCUCAAGGUCCCAAGGUCAUCGAGUAUAACGUGCGGUUUGGUGAUCCAGAAACGCAGAGCGCCAUGAUGCUCCUCUCAGAAGAUACAGACCUCGCUGCUGUUCUUCUCGCAUGCACCUCAGGGACUCUUAGUCAAGUCAACUUGGGCAUCCGGCCGGGAUUCGCCUGCAACGUUGUGGUGGCGUCUCAGGGGUAUCCGGGGAAGUAUGCAACUGGUAUGCCAGUCACCCUCCAGCCCUGCCCUAGGGAGGUUCAGAUAUUUCACGCUGGCACCUACAGAGAUAAGGGCAACCACGAUUGCUUGAGAACUGGUGGCGGGCGCGUCUUCUCUGUUGCGGCUUGGGGGAAUACCCUCCAAGAAGCCGUGGAGGCCGCAUACGAGGGUGCAAGAUGUGUUCAAUUUGAGGGCAUGUUUUCGCGAAAGGACAUUGCUUCCCGGUGA